AUGCAACGUCCUGUGACAUCAUCCGCCACACUCCUCCGCUGGGCAAAGCCCUCGGUUGGACGUCUGCGUACUUUCUCGUCAUAUGGAAACGCUCACCUCUCCUCCAAACGAGACAUGCAAACUCAAACUGCCUACCGCCCUCACUCGCUUCCUUCCUCUUUCCCGCCUCCUCGCAGCAGCGGUGGCGCCGACACCUCCAUUUCAGCAGAAUUCCCUUCUCUCGACUCACAGCCCACCCAAAGAACAUCACAAAACACCGCACCAAACGUGAGUGUACGCGAAAGCGAAGCGCAAAAAUCGAGCUCCACCUUCUCCGCUUCUCCGGCCGCACCAAAGACUUCCCCGAAGCCCCGUCGGCCACUUCGGCCAAGGAAGGCCGCUUUGAAAUUAUCCGCCGUGGCCACCGAACAGCUUCGGAGUUUGAUGGAUCAGCCAGAACCGAAGUUUAUUCGGGUGGGUGUCAAGAACCGUGGCUGCUCGGGUCUUGCUUACCACCUCGAGUAUGUGGAGAAGCCGGGAAAGUUCGAUGAAAUUGUUGAGCAGGACGGUGUGAAGGUUUUGAUCGACAGCAAGGCUCUGUUCAGCAUCAUUGGAAGUGAAAUGGACUGGCAUGAGGACAAGUUGAGCAGACGAUUCGUUUUCCGCAACCCCAAUAUCAAGGAAGAAUGUGGCUGCGGUGAAUCUUUCAUGGUUUAA